CGAGCACGCAAAUUGAUUCACAAUUAACGAUUUUCGAAUUUUGCAAAUUGUUUGUUAUUGCCGAAACGUAAGUGCGCGCCGAAAACCAUGAAUGGGACACUCAUUUUUGAUGAUAUGCCAUAAAUUAUGACGAUGACAUUAAAAAUAGUUAAUGCGGUGUAUCGUUAAACCGGAUUUUCAAUCAUAAUAUAAUAUAGAUCCAGAGUAGAAUAACAAUUUAUUUUGAAUGGUAAUGCGCCAGUAACGGCAGCAACCUUCAUCAUGUUCAUUUUUAAAACGGUUCUCCUCAAUUUAGUUUUCGUGUUUACUUUGUGUUAUGAGAACGCAAAUGCUAACGCAAUAAAUCAGCUUGCAAGAUACGGAAGAGGCGAGAGACACUCGAUACUUCUCGCAAUCCUGACCAGAAACUACGUACCACCCGAGGAAAACGAAAUUGUACCCGCAACCCCUUCGACGCAACAACCUCCCACCGCCGAUUUCGAUUUCGAGGAAGAGGCCCCUUGCCUCCUGCACAGCAUCAGAGACGGUUGCAUUUGCCGAUUGGGCGAUCGCGAUUGCGAUUUUCCUCCCGCGUUCUCACUUGAAAGAGAAGAAGACAAGUUCUACUAAACAAUUUGGCAAUGACACGUUUUUUUUGUUUCGUUGAACAAACAUUUUCAAAUUAAGAAUCAUUUUACACCUUAAUACAUGUAAAUGAGGUCUGCUGUAAAUAAAAUUGUUAUUGAUUGAUUUA